CUUUUACUCAGCGUCCCAGUGAAUGCACUAAGUUUAGCACUGGACCUUGCAUAAAUGGCCCCUUAUGCGGUUAUGCCCCGUCCCAUGCACGCUAACCAGGAGACAACGGAUAUGAAUACGAGCGCGCGAUGCUGCCGAUCACCGAUGAGACCGUUGUUAGUGUCUGAGAUCCUCAAAUGUCCAAGUUCCCUUGGCCCUUCUUUCUCUCUUUAUCUUCUUCAUGAACAUUCUGUGCAUCAGCGUCCCUUCGUAAUCAGUUCUAUAGCGAUAUUAAUGCCUUCAAAUAUGUCUAUUCAGCACCCGAUUCAACCCAACAGAGUCAUCAUCCAACACGAUUCAACAUCCGAAGUCCUUCGAAGCUAGUCCGCAAAGUCGUAUCUAUCGCGAAUUCUCCCAAAUCAGUCAUUUCCCAGAGAAACUCUUGCAAUUCAAUUUCAAUCUACAAUGCGCGUCCCUCUUCUCCAACUCCUCAUCACCUCCCUCCCCCUCGCCUCCACCUCUCCCCUUCCCCAAUCCCCGCCCCUCGAUCUCACCCCUCUCUGCCCCCCUCGCACGCACUACUACCGCGCCACCGUCUGCCCCUCCGGCUUCGCCGGGUGUCUCCCCCCAUCCUCCUCCUUCUCCAUCUGCGCGACCACCGCCCUCCGCUUCUCCAACGACUGCGCCAGCAACAUCGGCACCGUGCCCACCGGCGUCGAGAUCGGCCACUGGCAUACCUGCGCGAACGGGUUCAAGGGGUGCACGACGGAUGGAACAGUGUGUGAUAAACCGAGCGUGCAAGUUGUGGUGACGCCGAAAGGGUGGGUGACGGUUGGUGGCGGUGCGAACUUGCCGCCGUCGCCGAGUUCGGGUUCGGGGAGUACGAAUGGUGUUGGAAGUGCGGUUGGGAACGGCAUGGCUAGCUUGGGCACCCAGGGGAGCAUGGGAGGAGAUGCAAUAGCGGGAUCGGGGUUUGGGGGAUGGACGCCGGAAGGGACUGGGUCGAUGCCGGGGAGUUCAAGAUCAGGGAGGCCGAGUUUCUUGCGGGAGAGUGGGAAUGCGGAUGAAGGGCUGGUCAGUGUGUAUAGGGACGGAGGCAGCGAUGGAAGAAUCAAGACAGGUAUAGUGGAAGAGCUGUAGCUUGACGCAGUUGCUGGGAAUGGCCGAGAGUGCUUUGGGUCUGAUCUCCAGGCCAAUUUACUCUGAUGGAAAUGGGGCUCGGUUGGCGAUUGGUGGUGUUGGCGUCGAAUGAUUGGAAAGGAUUUACUCGCAUACCGAUAUCGGUAUUGGCGAAGAAUAUUAAUGACUGUAUGAUAGGAGGGAUAGGCAAGGGAAUGACCGCAUGUCACUUUCGAAAUAAUGGGAGAUCCGCACUUGGAAGCUCAUUUUUUUAUAGCUCAACAUGUCGAAUAAUUGGAUGAGGUAGUUACCUUAUACACUGAUUAGUUGUGUAUGGCGACCUUUUCAUAUUCAAGCUCCAGUUUGUGAG